GAGACCAGCCCACUUUUCUUAUUAGCCCAGUCCACUUCUCUGACUACAGUUGCUUACCGCUUCUCUGUAAUUGGUAGGAAAAUGAUAUACACAGCAUAUACAUACAAAACUAUGCAUAUCAUACACAUACAAACAAACUCAUCCUCUCUGAUCUUCACAGCAUAUACAUACAAAACUAUGCAUAUCAUACACAUACAAACAAACUCAUCCUCUCUGAUCUUCAUCUUUUUCGAUGUCUGAUUUCUAUGUUUGAGAAGUAACGUAAUAGAUAAUCUCAGAUGCAUCCAUGUGAGAAGACAUGAAAAUCACUAAGUUUAACAGCACAAAUCACUAUUUUCCAAACUAAUAUCACUGAUUUAUAAAGCGGUUAUUACUAAUUUAUAAAUCGAAUAUCACUAAUAUGUAUAGCAGAAAUCAUUAAUUUCUAUAACUAUAUCAAAGUUUUAACAACACCAAAAUCCAUGUAUGAGCUUUAAUCAUUCAAGACAUUAAGAGAGAGGUCGUCGAAAAAGAUUAGGGGAAGGGAAGGAAAAGAUGGAGAAAGUGAUGACGGAGAAUGGACAGAUCUGGUGAUAGCGGGGAAAGAAAGGUGAUUUAGAUGACGGGGAAGAUGAAGGGUGGAGCUGGUGACGAUGAUGGUGAAAUCAAGGUCAGAGAUGGAUGGAUAAUGAUGGCGGAUCGUAGGUGGCAACGGUGGUGGGUGUUAGUUCAAAUCAGGGGAGGUAGGGGUUGUUGGUCAGAGGCAUAUCUGGGUGGAUGAGGUGGGUGGGUGCUGGGUUUUACUAAUUCCAAGUGUGGGGAUUAGUUUUAGCAGAGUGUCUUUAGUAAUUAUAAGAGUUUUAAUAGUGGUUUUUAGUUUUUAUUUUAAGAUUGGUUUGUAUUUGAUCAAAUGCCUAUAAAUAUAUAUAUAGAUAUUAGUUACUUUGCUUUUUUAAUCUAACAAUAUUUAUUUAUCCUAUCUGACAAAUGAUAAGUUUUCGAUAAUUAAGCGAAUCAUACAACCAAAUUAUCUUCGCCUAUUAUUAUAUAUAAGUAUAUAGUAUAAUAAUAUAGAUGUUAGAUAAGUUUUUUUUAGGAUAGGAUUAAUUCUUUUUUAAAAUUUCCAAUCAACAUCACAAAAAGAAACUAAUAAAAUAAUCGAGCUAACAUCACAAAAAUAAAAUAGUAAGAUAAUCUGCCCCCCUAUUCACACUUACGGAUCCUCUCUAUAAGCAACUUUACCCUAAUUCUUCUAUACCCUCUCCAAUUUAAUCGAUAAAAUUAUCUUGUGCUUUCCGUUGAAAUUUUGAGAAAAUCAUGACGACGAGUUUAAGCUCAUCAGGCAAGGUGGUUUAUGCAGUCACAAAUCAUGUAGCUUUUCUCGAUAAAGAAUCAGUGCAUGCAGACUUUCAUCCCCUGAUGGAUUUCUUGAAAAACUCUCCGAUCAGUUAUGCUCUCUCUGCAAGCCCCACAAUUUAUACUGAAAUUGUUCAAGAGAUGUGGAACAAAGCUGAUUGCACCACAAAGGGUGAAAUAAAAUUCACCAUCAAGGGUAAUUCCUAUGUUUUAACUCCCUCUGUGAUCAAUGAAGCACUUCAUUUGCCUAAUUCUGAUUUCGAAAAGUUACCUACUGAUGAGGAGAUUAUUUGUAUGUUGAAAUUUAUUAAGUAUGCGUCGAAACCCUGGCAGUUGAGUCAUAUAAGUAGGAGGUAUCUUAGGAAGGAGUGGUCGUAUUUCUUUGAUACUCUGACAAGGGUUUUUACUGCUAGAUGUAGCGGUUAUAAUGCGAUAACUAUUUUGGUUCAGAUCAUUGGUUAUAGUUUGAUGUUUGGGAGGACGAUUGAUAUUGGAACGUUACUGCUAAAUGAAUUUUCUACAAAAUUAGGCGAUGUCGGGAAUAGGUCUAAAGUGGUGUAUUAUGCUAGGUUCCUUAUGAUUAUUGCUAAUUAUUUUUGUGAGGAACUUAGUGUAGAUGAUAGAGAUGAUACGUUGCCGCUGUGUUCGCAAAAAAAAGUGUUGUUUUCUCACCUGGUCACAAACAAUUUUUAUGCUGAGGUUGAGUUUGUGCUUCCAGAGCACAUUCGUGCACAACUAUCUGCUAUAACUUCUUCACCUGCACACACGAGUUCAUCGCUAGUUCCUCUUAAAAUCGAGGAUGUGGAAGAGAGCCGAACUUCUCCUGCCCAAGAAGCAAUGCCCUCACAAUCUGAAUCCGGAACUGUAGUCACCUCAUCAGGCUCCGUAUCUGGUAAGAGGAAGAAGACUACUCUGUCUACCAUAAGCAACAUGGGCAAUGAGGGAAGUCAAACAGCAAAUGCGGUAAAUUCACCUCGGAAGAAGAAGUAUGCAAGGAGAGUAAAACUUGCAAGGAGUGGUAGUGUUGUAAAUCAAGAAGUGCCUCUUGUACGAACUACGGAUGAGGCAUCACCAGUGGAGCUUCCUCUAUCUUUGGAGGAUGAACAGAGAAAUAAUGGCCUUCUCUUCCUGCUCGAACAUGCACAAGAUGCGGAAGAUCGUCAACACCUCAUGAAUGCAGCUUCUGUCUUGAAAUCUCAGUUGGUGGCCCGGCUCACAAGUCAUACUGACAAACUAAGGACCGAGGAUAUGGUUAGCCUUGCUGAUAAGUGUUACAAGACACUUGAAGGAUUAGGAGAUGAUUAUACAUCUUUUUGCACUGAAGUCAACAAACUAAUUGCACAACACCAAGAGCUGGCAUCUGCUGCCAGAAAGAAAGACAAUUGGAAUGAUUGGGAUCUAAAGGCUCGUUAUAUUCACCAAGUGCAGUUUCUCUCUGAAGUGAGACAGAAUUUAUCCAGUGCCCAAAACAAACUGUCUACAGCUAAGACAAAUGCAAAGUCAUUGAAGCUCGAAAGGGAAGAUCUGCAAAGUGCAUUACUUAUGCUUACGGAGGAGUUGCUUGAGGCAGAAGAAAGAGUCGAGAUUCUGACAGCAGAGAGGGAUCAAUGCAAAGAAGCUCAUCAUGCUGUUGAAUCUGAACUCAGGAAAUUGGAUGCAGAUAAGGAGGAAGCUAAUGUGGCACUUAAAGCUAUGGAUGAUCAAUAUAAUGCUGCCAAGAAUGAAUUUGAGAGGAUGAGUAAUUACUUGCUACAGUUAGUAAAUAAGUAAUGGAAUAAUUUUACUUAAGGUUCAACUUAUGAUAGUCUUCCUGUGUAACCUCAACCAGUCUCUGUUGGGCCCUCCCCGCUGAAUAUCAGGAUUCUGGACCUGCAAAUGCUUUUUUCUUUAAAUUGGCCUUUCCGACUUCAAGUACCUCCCUGGUGUUGUAGGACAGUGAUUAGUAUGUUCUUGCGCAUUUCAGAAAUUUUUGAGUAUUGUAAUAAAAAAUGAUGUUUUGGGUUUUUUCAAUUAGCUCAAAUAAUUUAGCGUGUUUCAUGUAUGUCUAACAUUUGUGAAGUAUUUUAAAUGUCUGUUGGAAGUUCAUUGCAUUACUUCACAUUGGUCGUUUUUAUACCAAGAUUGAGUCUGGUUUGCAUAAAGGUAUUCUAUUCUGACUGAUGAGAUUAAUGGAUAAGAAGUAAUAUUUAAGGAA